AGCCGCACAGAACUAGGAUAAUAAGAGAAACACAGAACGCCACUAGUACCAUUGAUCGUUAUGGCUGAGGCUAACAAGCUUCACAUAGCCAUGUUCCCAUGGCUAGCCUUCGGUCACAUAAUCCCAUUCUUAGAGCUCGGCAAGCUCAUAGCCCGAAAGGGUCAUCGUGUUUCAUUCAUAUCCACUCCGAGAAACAUCGAACGCCUCCCAAAGAUCUCUCCAGAUAUAGCACCUUCGAUAAAUUUAGUGAAACUUCCUUUGCCCCGUGUUGAGAACCUGCCAGAAAAUGCAGAGGCCACCAUGGACGUACCAUACCACAUAGUUCCUUACCUUAAGAGAGCUCAUGAUGGUCUCGAAGAACCUUUGUCUCGUUUCUUAGAAAGUUCGACUCCUGAUUGGAUUAUUCACGACUUUGCACCUCAUUGGUUACCUCCAAUUGCUGCUAAGCUAGGCAUCCCACGGGUGUUCUUUAGUAUUUUCAGGGCAUCAUCCUUAUGUUUCUUUGGACCAUUAAAUUUUAGCAAAGGUUAUGCACGGACGGAGCCUGAGCAUUUCACCGUCAGCCCCAAAUGGGUCCCUUUCCCAUCAAAAAUAGCAUUUCGGAUCUUUGAGGCAAAGAAAAUCCUUGACGGCUUCGAUCAUGAAAAUGCUUCAGGUGUUUCAGAUUGGUUUCGUGUAAUCACAGUAGCAUCGGGUGCUGAAGCCGUGGCUACUAAAACCUGCAUGGAGAUCGAAGCUGAGUGGGUGAAGCUCCUUGGUGACCUUUAUGAAAUGCCUGUAAUUCCAGUAGGCUUACUGCCGCCCUCAGCCCAAGAAAGCGGGAACGAGAGAGAUAGCACUUGGGAUAUGAUUGUUGAGUGGUUAGACAAACGAGAGAAAGGGUCAGUGGUUUUCAUAGCAUUUGGAAGCGAAGUCCAACCAAGUCAACAAGACUUUAUCGAGUUGGCUCUUGGGAUAGAGCAAUCGGGAUUGCCCUUCUUUUGGGUUCUAAGAAAACAAAGUGACUCAGUUGCUGGGGACUCAGUUGAACUACCAGAAGGGUUCGAGGUUCGAACCAAAGAUCGUGGUGUUGUUUGGACGAGUUGGGUGCCUCAGUUAAGGAUAUUAGCUCAUGAUUCAGUUGGGGGAUUUCUGACCCACUGUGGCUGGAGCUCAGUAUCAGAGGCACUCAAUUUUGGACUUGCACUUAUUAUGUUGCCCUUCUUUGUGGACCAAGGAUUAAUCGCUCGGUCUUUGGAAGAGAUGCAAGUAGGAAUUGAAGUACCAAGAAAUGAGCAAGAUGGGACAUUUACGAGGGACUCGGUGGCUAAGAAGCUGAAGUUGGUGAUGCAGGAUGCGGAGGGACAAAUUUAUCGGGACAAAGCCAAGGAAAUGGCCACCAUAUUUGGGGACAAGGACCUUCAGCACCAAUACGUUGAUAAAUUUGUAGAGUUUCUUGAGAACAAGAGGCAUGUCUCUUAAUCAACCAUCCUAAUCUGAUUCUACUCGCAUGUCUGCAGUGUGCAUAUAUAUGAUAAUUUGCAGAUUCUCAAGUUCAACUUCGUUAUCAUGUCAAUCUUUAUCUUUUGAAUAAUAUUAUACCAUGUUAUAUGCUAA